CGACGGACGGCGCUGCUCGGUCUGACGAGCAACAUUUAUUGCAGUUCUACGGGAGACUCUGAUGGGACGACAAGUGCGAACUGCUACAUCAUUGAGUGAUCUGAAGUGAAUCGAAAAAUUUUCGGGAAGAAAGUGAUUGUCGUGGAAGAAGGUAGACAAAUAAAGACAAUUUCGGCGGCACGCUUCUUCUAUAAAUCGGCGGUGCGAUGGCGGAUCAACGACCUAGUAAUGAAAACACAGAUGUUGCGGCAAAAGAUGCCCACUCCGGAACCCAUUCGAUUGAAAUCCACCACAUCCAACUCCGACAGUACGGCAGCUACGACGGCAAGGCCCAAGUUUACACCUACAAUGACGCCCUGGAACUGAUAGGGAAGGGCAAGUUUCACACCUUCCUGCUCUUCAUCUGUGGCUUCUGCCUGAUGAGCGUGAUCAACGAAACGCUUAACAUGGGCCUCGUCAUAUCGGCCGCCGAGUGCGACCUACAGUUGACCUUCUCCGACAAGGGAAUGCUCAAUGGAGCGGCAUUCUGCGGGGUGGUCAUCAGUUCCCACCUCUGGGGAUUCCUCUCAGAUACCUGGGGCCGUCGGAAGGUCAUCCUCCUGGCGUCCACCGCCAGUUUGGCGUUCUCGGUUCUGUCCAGCUUUUCGGUUAACGUGUGGAUGCUCAUCGUCACUCGGUUCUGCGUGGGGCUCUUCAUCUCCGGAAAUGCAGCCACCACGUACGCCUACCUGGCAGAGUUCCACACCGACAAAUCUCGGGCCAAGGUCAUCUCCUGGGCGGCGAUGUUCAUGGCCUUUGGCAUGAUCUACCUGCCGUUCGUAGCCUACUUCAUUAUCCCUCUGGAUGCUCAGUUCGAGCUGUACAGUGACUCUCUCGGAAUGCGCUACGGGAUGUGGCGGUACUACCUUCUACUGAGUUCGCUCUUCAGUAUCAUCAUUAUCGGUGGAAUUCUAUGGCUGCCGGAGAGUGGCAAGUUCCUGCUCACCACCGGUAAGCACGACGAAGUGCUACAGGUUCUCACCCAAAUGUACCGAUGGAACCGAGGGGAACCGGAUUAUAAAUUCCCCGUCAAAUCGAUCGCCCUGGACGCGAUCGACAGUGCUUUCGCAGAGCAGCGAAAGCGAAAGAUCAACCAAGGACUGCGCUACAUUUGGGAACAGACGGUCCCCCUGUUCCGACCGCCACUGGUUGGCAACACUGUACGGGCGUCGUUUCUCAUGUUCGGACUGUUUCUGGCCUCGUCCGGGGUGUUCAUGUGGAUACCGGACAUCCUCAACACGUACGUGAACUUUAAGGAUACCAAAAUCACCAUCUGUCAGGUGGUGGAUAUUAUUCGCAACAACCGGACGCAUAUGUUAUCCGAUCAUACACCGGUCAGCUGUCCGGUACGCAUCGACCCUGCCAUAUUCAUGAUAACCACGAUGAUGGGGAUCCUGUUUUUGGCGUGCUACAUUCUGAAUGGAAUCGUCAUCAACAUCGUGGGGAAGAAGCUACUGAUGAAUAUUUGGUACGUGGCGUGCGGUUUGUGCGGCGUCGCUGCGCUGUGGACUUCCGAUUUCUACCUGACGCUGCUGGUGAUCGUGGUUUUCCUCGCCGUUGGCUGCUGUGGAUCGGUGCUCAGCGCCAUAUCGGUUGAUCUAUUUCCAACUAAUUAUCGGGCAAUGGCGCUCUGUCUGAUACUGAUGACCGGCCGGCUUGGUGCAAUGAUCGGCAGCAACGUGGUCGGCCUCCUGCUCACCUACAACUGCAAUAUGAUCUUCAUCCUGUUCGGCGGGCUGCUGAUUGUUUGCGCUCUAAUUGGAACGACCUUACCGGGAAAGUGACGGAGCACAAUCUGAAGAAUGCAGGAUCGCCCUCCAGAGUCGCCAUUUUCAUCGCCAUCAAGCAAUACGUUUAACCAAUUUACAGCCCUGCAGAGGGGGCAAAAAAAAGUGGUCCGUACGUGCAAAGACUACCACCUCCAUCAACCCCCAUCGACGGAGCUAAAACUCAGUGAUAGAAAAAUAAGGAUCCAUAUUUAUUAGCUACUAAGGAAAGCAGCCGGCCGGAAUGGAUGAAACCCAUCUAUUAUCAACCAAUAAAAUUGCAUAAAUAAUUAGCUCCGUGAAAGGUAGAUGUCGAUUAGCGUGUGAUCAAAGCUGAUGGGAGGGAGGUGGGAGAGGGAAAGAGUGCCAUCAUCGAAUCAACUUACUUUAAGCGACUUUAUUUUACGAGCACGCGGCUGUUAUCACAGAGGGCCAUUUACCAUUGGCGAUCAUCAUCAUCAUCAUCAUCAUCGUAGCAGCUAGUUUCGAUCAAAGCCAUUAAUCAAAUUUAUGAGGUCUCAGUUGAUGGGGGUAGUAUAAAGAGCGUUCAAUACGAGCAGAGAUUGAUACUUUUAAAGUGAAUGGUCACCGUAAGCCAAAAUCAAAACUAAUCAUCAUUUAGC